AUGGGGGAGCCCGGUGGAGCUGAGGAGGGGCUGGAGGGGGUCCCUGAGCCCUCAGAGGUCCCUCAGCCCUUGGAGAUCUCGCAGCCCCUGGAGGUCCCUGAUCCCUCAGAGGUCUCAGAGCCCUCGGGGGUCCCUCAGCCCUCAGAGGUCCCUCAGCCUUUGGAGAUCUCGCAGCCCCUGGAGGACCCUGAUCCUUCAGAGGUCCCUGAUCCCUCAGGGGUCCCACUGCCCAUGGGGGUCCCUCAUCCCCCGGGGGUCCUCCAGCCCACGCCGCCCCCCGAGGUGCUGGAGGAGGUGCUGAGCCGGCAGUUCGGGCCCCUGCCCCGCUCUGCCCCCAUCGCCCGCCUGCGCCGGGGGGCCCGGGGCGAGUACGAGCCCACCGGCGACCUGGCCGAGGUGCUGGAGCGGCGGCAGGCGGCCAACGCCAAGGAGAGAGAGAGGAUCCGGAACCUGAACAGCGGCUUCUCCCGGCUCCGGACAUUGGUGCCGCUGGUGCCGCGGGACCGCAGGCCCAGCAAGGCCGACACGCUGCGGGCGGCGGCCCAGUACAUCCAACUGCUGAGGGGAGUGCUCAGGGACUGCCAGCAGCUCGAUGCUGAUGCUGAGCAGCAGUUGGGGGACACUGGGGGGGUCCCACCGGGGGGGCCACCUGAGACCCGGCCUGGCAGUGCCCCCCCAUGCCCGUGGGGACCCUCUGUCCUGCCCCCCUGCCCUGGGGCACUGCAGGAGAGCAGGGGGACGGCUUUUCCUGCCAUCCCCAAAAUUCCGGGGGGGCCCGUGGGAGACCCCCCCUACGGCCACGUUCAAGGCUCCAGACCCCAUUCCUGGGGUCGCACUCCUGUCCCAGAGCCCUGCACCCCAUGAAACCAGCACCCCAAAAGUGGGGGUGCGGGGGGAGGGGUCCAUCACCCCUAAAACGCGGGGGGUGAGGGGGGUAGAGCUGUAAUUAAUUGCUCUAUGAAAUUGUAAUUAGUAAUUAGCUGCCCCUCCCCCCCAGGUGAGGGCUGAUUAAUGAUCAUUAAUAUAAAUCCCAAUUAAUUGCAUAAUAAAAGGAUGUCGCGGGGUGCCGGCGCUGUUUUG